GACAAUGUCCUGGAGCAGUGUAACAUUUGUGAUAUAAUAGUGAAAAUUCAAAGGCCUCACAAAAAAAUACACAAGUACUUGUGGCACCUUAGAGACUAACGAAUUUAUUUGAGCAUAAAGCCGCACAGUGCAUGAGAAUCGUCAGCCUACACGGAGAGAGACAGCAUGAGUGUGAAUGACAGCAACAGCCAGAAAGACAGCAGCCCAUCGGCCCCCAGCGGUGCAGGUCACUGAGUCUGUUCUCCUCCCAGAUCAGGAGCUAGGAGGAGCCGCUGUCUUGCUCCAAUGGUGGCCAUCACUACUGAAAUACUAUAGCCAGACAGACAACGUCAAUUGGCUAAAGGAAUAUAAAGCACGGCACAAUGCCGGCUUAGAAACUCAACGAAUUGUAGCAUCAUUCUCCAAAAGAUUCUUCUCAGAACACGUCCCCUGUGAUGGCUUCAGUGACAUUGAGACUCUUGGGUGCCCGGGUCAUUUUUUUGAGGACGAGCUGAUGUCUAUCCUUAACAUGGAAGGAAGGAAGUGUCUAACCUGGAAGUACUAUGCAAAGAAAAUUCUUUACUUUCUACGACAACAGAAUAUUUUAAAAAAUCUGAAGGCGUAUCUUGAACAACCUGGGGACCAACUGUCGUUUUUGGAAGGUGCUGUUUUAAUUGACCAGUACUGUAAUCCUCUCUCAGACAUCUGUCUAACAAGUGUCCAGGCGCAGGUUGACGAUAUUACAGACAAAGUUCGCAAAGUCCUGCGGACCAAAAACCCUAGGCAUCCAAGCUUGGCUCCAAAGGCAGGAGAGGUCUUGAUUGUUUCUGAUGUGGAGUUUCAAAGGCAGGUACUGGAUGCUGUGAAUUGUGUCCUGUAUGAACAGUUAAAAUACAAAGGAAAUGAGAUGGAUUACUACAACUCCUUGAAUUCAUUCAUUCACCAGGUUUUAAUCCGUAGGACGGGAAUCCCUAUCAGCUUGUCUGUGCUCUAUUUAACAAUUGCCAGGCAGUUGGGAGUCAGACUCGAGCCAGUCAACUUUCCUAGUCACUUCCUGCUGAGAUGGUGUCAAGGGAAAGAAGGAAGCACAGACAUCUUUGACUACAUGUACAUAGAUGCCUUUGGAAAGGGAAAGCAGCUAACUGUGAAAGAAUGCGAGUACCUGAUUGGCCACCAUGUAACAGAGGAGUUCUAUGGAGUGGUUACUUCAAAGGAGGUCUUGCAGCGUAUGGUGGGAAACCUCUUAAACCUUGGAAAGCGGGAAAGCACUGAUCAGUCCUACCAGCUCUUGAGAGACUCCUUGGAUCUGUACCUGGCCAUGUAUCCGGACAAUGUGCAGCAUCUAAUGCUCCAGGCUAGGUUAUACUUCCACCUGGGAAUCUGGCCAGAAAAGGUUCUGGACAUCCUGCAGCAUGUUCAAGCGUUGGAUCCAUCCCAGCAUGGGGCAGUAGGGUAUUUAGUUCAGCAUACCUUAGAGCAUAUUGACCGCCGUAAGGAGGAAGUGGGACCUGAGGUGAAGCACCAUUCUGAUGAGAAACACAAAGAUAUCUGCUUUUCUAUUGGGCUGAUCAUGAAACACAAGAGAUAUGGCUAUAACUGUGUCAUCUAUGGCUGGGAUCCCACCUGCAUGAUGGGACAAGAAUGGAUUAGAAAUAUGAAUGUCCAUAGCCUGCCUCAUGGCCCCCAUCAACCUUUUUACAAUGUGCUGGUGGAGGAUGGAUCCUGCCGAUACGCUGCUCAAGAGAACCUGGAAUAUAACUUGGAGCCUCAUGAAAUCCCUCACCCUGAUAUCGGCCGUUAUUUUUCUGAGUUUACAGGCACUCACUACCUGGCAAAUGCAGAGCUGGAAAUUAGGUAUCCCGAGGAUUUGGAACUUUCUUGUGCAACAGUCCAAAAGAUUUACAGCACAGUCAAGGAAUGAGUGUAACUUGAUCACAAGGACAGAAGAAAGUUUAUCACAGCUGCUGCUGUAUCCUCUUUGUGGACAGAAUUAUGGAAGCCAGUUUUCACAAUGAUCUUCAGGCAUAUGCCCCAGGAAUUGCAUCGCACUUUGUAACCUGUGAGAUCGCGUAUGUCUAAUGACCACUCGGUUACCAUCUGCCCACACUAGUCAAUUAAUUUGGGAUGCAUUGGUAUUCCAGACAAGGCAUUCAUUAUCUUGAAGUGACAAUCAAAGUAUGAAGUGUAUUGUUCCCUUGAGCGCUUGCAUUUACCACUCGUGUGUUUAUGAUCUAUUUUUCAUAUUUAGGAUGUGAGCAUGUUACGACUCUAGCUGGCGUCUGCAAUAAUCCCAUGUUGUGGAUAAGGAUUGAUCAUACGUGCAGUAUUUUUUUAUAUAUCUAUUCUGUGUAUGCAGUAGCUUUAAGGUCUCUCUGAGGUUCCACAAUUGUUUGUUUCCUCAAUUCUGAUUUUCCUCUUACCCUGAAAAUGAUUAGGGUUGCUAGCAUUCAAAUGCUGAAAUCACUUGUCAGCCUCGGCAAUGGCACUGAAACUUUCUUGAACAAGAAUCAUGAGGCACCAUAUGAUAGUGAGUUCAGCAGUAACUUGAAUGGACCUCAUACAUGUAACGCUUCCAGCUGUUACAGAUGCACCGUUGAAUCAUUUUAUAGAAAAUAAGAUCCUGGCAAUUUUCUCUCCCCAAGAACUUGUUGUUGGGACCCUGAUUCCUACCUGUACUUUUUCUUCCAUUAUGUCCCCUUCAUGGUGUUGAAUUUGUGAUAUGGUCAUAUGUGUUUUUCUACAUGUCUCCUCAUAUCUGGUUGAAACUGUUAAAACUUGUAAUUUGAACCACCCUCUUGUGAUGGCAAACUGCUGUUAUCUAUACUGUCAGAUUGCGAUUGUGCCAUGAAAGCCAGUAGACGCCAGCAUCUGGCAAACAAUACAUGGAGAACUUAUUUCCUAUAUCAUGAUGCCUUCUUUCUUUUGAUCAAAAGAAAAAUGCCCUUUGAAGGGAAAAGAGAAGAGGCUUUGUCCAAAUUCUGACCUCUGCAAGGGAGGUGCCUCAGAAACUGAGGACACUUGAAUUGUAAUGAGGCUGCCGCCAUAGAGUCUGCAAAGCCUAGAAAAAUAGUACAUGAUUAUUUUCUUUUAGAGUUAUGUAAGAAUUGGAUGUGAAGUUGCAAAGUAUUUACAAAGAUAUGGAAUAGUUACAGUACUUUAGUUUCUAAAUUAAUAACUCUAGGCAGGCUGCAGUCAUUGUUUCUAAUUACCAUGUGGUUACAUAGUUAUAGGGAGAAGACUUAGUUAUCCUGCCCUGUAGAGUAAAAUGACACCCUUAUUCUUGAAACAUUUUAAAUGUCUUUGUGCACUACUGUGCACCCGUCUUUUUAAGGUAAUAAUUGAUUUGCACUCAGUCUUGUGUAAAUAUUUAACAAGCAACUUAUACUUUUCACAGAGAAGUUGUUGUGAUCUGCAAGUUCCUCAACACUUUAGAGAGGCAGCAGAAAAAAAACGAUUAGUGCUAAUAAAAAGGAAAGAAUAAAAUUACACUACAAUACAUUUUCUGAUAAUCCCAGCUGAAUUAAAGGGGGAUUUAGGUACACAGUUGUCACUGAUUUGAGAGCCACGUAGCUAAAUACCUGUGAAAACUCUGCAAACUUCAGACUAAAAUCCAAAUCUCUGUCUUUAAGGGGUUGAAAAUGUAAUUUUUAGGGCAUAGCCUGAAAGAUUGCCCGUGUUUGGAGGGACUCCGCUAGUAGAGUAAAUGAGGAAACACUGCCUUCAGUUUUAAUUUCUAGACUGUUGUGCAUCUGACCCUUAAACAUAUAGUAGAAAGAGGCAGAUGACUAGGAGUCAGGAUUUCCAGGUUCCCAGCUCUGCCACUACCCACUGUGUGACCUUGGGCAAGUCACUUCUCUCUGCCUCACUUUAUCAUCUGCAGAAUGGAUGGUCUAAUAUUUACCUGUUGUUCCUCCCAUGGGUGCGUUGCGAAUGUUUGAAAAGCGCUUUGAAAUCCUCAGCUGAAAAGUGCUUUAUAAAUGCAAACUCUUAUUCUGCUAUUGAAUAUCAGUGGUACACGUGCAAUUAAACUCCUACGCAAGCUCUGGUCAACAUCGUGUUUCAGUGUGACUUGGUUUUCCUUUGCUUUUAAAGGUAACAUUAAAACAAAAUUUUAACCUCAAGUUAUAACUGUAAAUAUGUAUUGAGACACAUUUUAAAUAUAUGCUAUAAUUUAGUGAUACAAAAUGGGCUCGAAAGUAGCCCCUAUAGCCUGUUCGUGUACAUUUUUAUUUGGGCACAUAUAUUUUUUUUUAAAAAAGUGGAUUUUGGACCUGAUAAAUCAUUGCAACUGUUCUUGACCGUUUUCACAAAUCUUUGACAUAGUCCCUUGUCACACUUACUGUAUCAGUUUGUGAGGUGGAACCAUUGGAUACGAGUAUUAAAAGUGAGUUAUGUGUAGCUACUUUUCAAACAAUUGUUCCACUGUUAGCUUGUGUCUAUAUUAUAGACUAGGUUGAUCUUGUCCAGGGGUUCUCAAACUGGGGGUCGGGACCCCUCGGGCUCAUGAGCUGUCAGCCUCCACCCCAAACCCCACUUUGCCUCCAGCAUUUAUAAUGGUGUUAAAUACAUUAAAAAGUGUGUUUAAUUGACAAGGGAAUCGCACUCAGAGGCUUGCUUUGUGAAAGGGGUCACCAGUACAAAAGUUUGAGAACCUCUGAAUUUUUUUGUCUAUACAAUGGACACAUCGUCUGCAGAAUUUUAUGUAUGAAUUCCUUGUGAAUCAUAGGAUCUGUAGAACACUUCUGCAUGUCUAUGAACUAAAAAUAGCAGAUUUCUAUGGUGGUUAGAAGGGGAAAUACCUUUGUAUGGGAAAGUUUAGCCCAGAUUGUGGUUCUGCUCUGCCGUAUGAUUCUGUAAAAAUGGCAUCAUGUGACUAUAUGUUCAGUUUUCUUUUUCAUAUGGACUAAGUGUAGGAGUAAAAAUAACUUUCUAACUUCCAGUCCUACACACCCAGUUUGGGAUCUGAGUCAAGUUUGGGUUCUUUUCGUAGAUAUCACUAGUAAAAAAGGUUCUGUAGGGGAAAUUACAUCCUCAGUGACACCCGUGUGAUCCCAUUGCUUUCCAUGGGGUUGCAGAAACGUAAGUGAUUGGAACUUAGUAAACAAUUCUGUUGCACAAGAAUGAAUUGCUCAUUCAUAGCUUCAUUGAUUCUGCACAGCUAACUGGAGUAAAAAAUAGUGUGAGCUUAUUUUAAUCAUUAAAGUGGUCAGAUCUGAUUGUGUUUAUACACAGAUCUGAAAAGUCAGGUGCCAUUUUCAUAGUGACUUCUUAGAGUAGAACUGUAUUUCACCCAGAGUAUAUCAUUAGUAGAUGAUGAUUCAGGAAAAUGAAAGAUCAGGGCCUGGGGGAAAAGACCAUUGACAGGAUUAUAGAUGUAUAUAGGGUCAGACUUGCUUAACUUGACAAAUCACUUCACCUAGAUCAUUUUAUCCUGAAUAAAUUACAUCGAAAGCCAAAUUCUUGAGUUAUCACUUCAUACUCCAACAAAAAUCUGCCUUCAGAAUAGUCAAAACACCUUUCUAAUAUGGGAGACGCCUUCCAAGAUAUAAAACGGCUCUGAGUUGUAUCUUGUCCUAUGAAGUGUUCGAUAUGUCAUCUGUAGUAAUUAUGUACAUGUUAAAGGUACAAACUGCUUUUCCUAAAACAAUAUUAGGUUUUAUGAAUUUGCCAUUACAAAUUGUAUUGAAGAUUCUCUUGGUUUUGUAGGGUUUCCGUUCUUGUAAUUUGUUCCAUUCUGUUAAGCAAUUCUACAUGUCCACUUUGUUCCUUUUCCCUAUUCAGAUUUUUAGUAGCCUGUAUCCCAUAGCAAAAUAUUACUUAUCUCCUAUUGCAACUUCUCGCAGUCUUAGCGGGGGAGGAAAUGAAUGUCACAUCUUGGUUAUUAUUAACACUGCUUGCAUACACACCUAAGAAGACGCUAGAUUGAGCUUCCAAAACUGUCAAGAAAUUUUUCUAGAAUGGGCACAAUACUUACAUGUCCACAUUUAAUACACUGAUGCUGAUGUAGGAGAAACAAAUAUUUUACUGGCCUAUCAAAAUUACAAUUAUUCCAGGUGUGUUUUGUGAGUGCAACUCUUCGAAGCCAUGUUAGAUAUAUCAGUUAUUGGGCAUGAAGAGACACAAGGGGUUAAUCUGACAUCUAGGGAAUGUCUGUCCAACUUUAUGGAUCUUGUGCAAGGAUUGCUCCAGCAUCAGCAGUCCCAAACCACCUCCACGGGGGUGUGCAUUUUUCAGAAUCUUUUCUCUUGGCUGCACUUCUGAAACAAAAAGAGGACAUUGAGUCUGGAGUUUCUGAUUCUCUUGAGCUAUUCUUUUUGAGUGACUUCAGCCAGUGUAUACAGGCAAAAUAAUAUCUAAGCUGGUCCUUUACCAGGCCUGUUAAUAGCUUGCUUCUGGAAAUGUGGCAUGUUUUCCAGAGAAACUGGAAGUCUGUCUUUCUUGUGUCAUCCAACUUCGCUCCAUCUCCUUUCCGCCAAGUAAAAUGGAUUUCUAUACCUGUCCAGUCUAGUACCAAAAUCCUGUUCCCUGUGGUUAAUAUAUAUGCUACGUUUUUUAAGAGUAGAAUAUAAGAGAGCUGCACUUUCUGCUGCAGCUAAUACUGUCCUAUUCCUUUUCACCCUCUGUUUCAUGGAUAUUAGAAGGAGGUUCAUAUUUCAGGAGGAUAAUAGGGACCAGUGAGGUGUUAAUUGCAUUAAAAAUAUCACAAGGCUUUUGGCAGUGGAAGAUAAUGCAAUGAAGAUUGGGGAGGAGAAAGGAAUGGGAGGAUAAUGAGAACUAGGGGAAGCAAUGUAUAUUAGGUGCAUGAUUUAUUAUCUUCAGCUGGUGGGUGAUAAAUCUGAUUGGGUCAUCUUCAAGCUAUAUUGGGUAAUCCAUGUGGGUAUUCUGCCCAGUUACCAGGUUCACUGUCUUUAGUAUGUGACUGCUCAAGUCAUGGAAGCGCUGAGCUCCAGGCACAGGUGGAACUGAUCAUCUAUUUCUACUACUCUUUGGGGUAAGUGUAAAGUCUGUUGUACCAGGUCGUACUCUUUCCCUUACUCCCAAGACACUUAAAGAGACCGAACUCUUUGUGAAAAUAAAGGGCUUUUGUCUUUUUUCGAACUUCCUCUUGAGAAACCAUAAAAUUCUUGGUGCUGAAUUCUCUGGUUUACUCUUGUAUUGGUUUAUCUGAUGGGACAGGGCACUGGACACCUCAGUUCUGGAUGCUAGUACUCAAAUUGCUGUGUAACUUUUACUUCCUGGUACUGAGGAUGAUGGCAAGAGGAUAUGGGGGAUGUUGUGACUUGCCUGCAGUCGCCUUGAUUCUUGCCAAUGUUUCACUUGUACAACACUGAAACAUAGUAUUACAUCUCUCUUAUCAUGGAUAGGGAAUGUUCAAUACCUAAUGACUCACGUGGUUCUCUAGGUGCUCUGGUUUUUCCCAAUUUGUAUUUCUCCUGAAAUUUUUUUUUAUUCAAUGUGUGGACACCUUCCCCCCCCCCCCCCCAUGUGCUAU